UCGGUGAUAAGAUGUCUUUUGCAAAUUUAAGGAUGACGCCGUCGCAUCAGUUGGUCCUGCGGGCCUCUGAUGCGGCGGCGGCCUUCACCGCCGCCAUGGGGCCACGCGGGACCCAGGCUCCCGCCAGCGCCAAGAGGCCGGAGGAGGUGGAGAAGGAGGCCCGAGCCCGCGUCGUCUCCGAGGGUGGUGACCCCGGGAACCCCAUGCUGGUGCUGGGCUGCCACAGCAUCCAGCCUGGCAAGUACCGGGGUCAGACCUUCAGAUGGCUCCUGGAGAACGACGCGGGCUACGCCUGUCACCUGGUCGCCAGUCACCAGCGGGAGCGGGAGACGAGUGCCUUGGACAGCCCGUUCAUGGCCAACAAGGACAGCCUCGCCCGCUACUCCUGCGCCCACCCCGCUUUUGCGGAGCACCUCAAGUUCCGCCGGGCGCAGGAGGAGGCCCGGGCUCGCGCCACUCUGCCCGGGCGGGGGGGCGAGGCGCUUGUUGGCUUCGGGCUGUUCAAGGAGGACACCCUGAAGGACCUGUACGAAUCCAAGGACAAGGACCGUCAGGAAUACGUCAAGUGGCUACGACGGAAGACACCGCAGCCUGGGAGCUCCAUGGACGCCGCCAUUCAGUACUUCUUGGGCCGAGACAAGGAGCGGUCGGCGGAGGCGGCUGCUACACCCCCUCCGCCCGCCAGCAGCAGCACCAGCAGCGGCCCCAGCACCACCACCAGCCAGGCCGCUGCUUCAACCGUGCUGCCGCCCCGCAAGCCGACCGCUCCCAAUUUCUCGGCCCUUGUGCGCGGGCGUCCGAUGGGCCCCAGGGAGCUGCAGGCCCAGAUCAGGAGACUGAUGAGCCCACCAGCACGGCCUGCAGCUCCAGCGGUGUCUUCCGUCAGAGACCAGCGCCCCUCGGUUCCGCCGCCCCCACCACAGAGCUGGCUUGCGGCUGCUCCACCGACGGUCGGGCUUCCUGCUCGGGCUCCGGCGCAGACCAGGGUGGAGCCUCGUGGCGUCUCCGUGGAGGAGACGCCGUGCGGGGAGGCCACCCUGGCGCCGGAGCCGAAGAAGAAGAGGAGGAAGACGACGACGACGGGCGACGUGGAGCAGCCGGCAACGCCCGCUCCUGCUCGGGCUGAGACCCGGUUGCCUGAGGGCUGGCGGACAGCCCUCACCGGGGCAGAGCAGGAGUGGAUCGGCCGGGCGCUGUUCCAGCAGACCAGCGGGGGGUCCCUCAAGCUAACCACGGACCUCAAGCUGUGGUGGGACCCCCCCCAGCCCCGGCUGAACUAUACUCAGCCACCCGCCUCGGCGGCUGCCUUCUUCGCGUGUCGGUUGUUCCUCUGGGCGCCCCUGCACAUGUGGGGUCCCCGGCCGACAUGCUGCCAGAAACAUCUCACCAAGUGUGGGAUGUACAAGACCAUCCGGAAGGUCUUGGACAUCGACGGCUGGUACUUGAUGGCCACCGAGUACCUGGAGUGCCGUCGGUGUCGGAGGAAGGUAGCCGCCUGGUCGCAGGAGGUCGUGAGGCAGCUGGGAGAGGGGCAUCGCGCCCUCUUCCCGGCGAUCCUCACCUACAAGCUUGCCUGCGACCGGCGGGUCAUCAUCCAGCUGCGUGAGCGUACUCGGGGGAACAGCGCCACGCAGCUGCAAAAAAAACUCUGUGAGGCACACACAGAGGCCUGGAUGCGGCGGUCCAUACACUACCUCAGCGUCAUGGAGCCCUUCACGUCGACGGGUGUCGUGCGCCAGUGCACCCCACCGCCGAAACCAUCGCCAGACGUGCCGCAGUACGGCUGGCUGUUGGUGGUGUACUGCCACGACAUCCUGUCUCGCCUGGAGGACGUGAAGGCCCGGGUCACCUCAGUCUUCGGAUCCAUCUUGAAGAUGGAUUCGACCAAGAAGGUGACCCGGAAGCUCGCCGGUGCCGCCGCCCAUACCGCAGCCUGGGCGACCAACGUGGGCAACGAGCACGGGCAGGUGCUAAUGUCCGUGCUCACGGCCACCGAGGGGGGUGGCCUGUUGCCCAUGGCCGCGGGGUUAAUGCGGCGGUACCGGGACGCUGGGGUAGCGCAGCCUCGCGUCCUCUACGUCGACCGGGACUGCUGUUCGUCCCACGGGGGGUCCAAGGCAGCUGCUGCGUUCCAGGAGUGGGACAAGCUGGUGGUCCGGUUGGACAUUUGGCACCUGAUGCGACGCUACGCAUCAGGUGUCACAACCGAGAGCCACCAGCUCUACAAGCCCUUCCUGCAGCAGCUGUCCGCCAGUAUCUUCCUGUGGGACCCAGAGGACACAGCCCGGUUGCUCAACGCCAAGAGGAGGACGCUAGAGGCGCAGGGGAUGACCUUCUCGUCCGAAGCCGGAGUGUGGAGGCACGUCAGCCGCAGGGAGAUGGCUCUCCAUUGCCGUCGCCGCACGCGUGGAGCUGCGGCGACCGAGCGGCUGAUUGAUGACCUCCUGCAAACCUUCGGCGGUGCCAACGGGCGAGACACCAUGGGGAUUCCCCUGCUGGACCGAGACCGCAUCCAGGCAAUCCGUGCGGAGCAGCGACGGCACCUCGAGUGCAUCCAGGACCCGCCGGGCGUGGAGCUGUACACGGAGACAGGCAGGCUGACCAAGGGGGGGAUCAGCCUGCCGACGUACCGUUGUGCGCGCGGCUCCACGUCCCUGGAGUCGUUCCAUCUCCACCUCAACCGCUUCAUUCCAGGAGAAAGUGCCAACCCUUGGCACUUCCAGGCUUUUCUCCUGGAGGGGUUGGUGAGAUGGAACGAGGACAGGGCGGCGUCCGCGGCACAGGAGGGUCGUCCGCUGCUCCGCACCUACAGUGGCCCCCUGCAGCACUCCCUUGACCAGCUCAGCCAACGGGUGCUUGGCUCGAGUUUGGUCAGGGACUACACCAAGCCCAGGGAGUACACGGGGGAACUCAUCGGCAUCGAGUACCUGUACUCCCAGACGGGCAGAGUGCUGCAGGACGUCAGCUUGGACCCUGACGUUCCGGACGCGGGUCCACCGCCUACCGAGGAGGACGACGAGCUCGCCGAAGGCCGGCAUGAGUUGGAGGACCUCACACUCCACGUGCCUGGCGAGUUCACCGCUCCUCGGACGGACCCGCGGUCAGGGCAACCAGCUGACGCACCCGCGCCCGAGCCAUCCCGUCCGACCGAUCCCCCCGAGCCCGCGCCCCGCUCCCCCGGCCGGUCCUCACCAGAGCCUCAGCAGACCGCUGAGGACUACCGAGGACCAGACGACCAGCCGGGGUACCUGGCCGUGGUCCGCUUGGCCACGGCCUUAGUGGGGCUGCGCCACGAACAGGCCCUGUCCGAGGGGAGGGUAGACGAGCUCAUCGGGCUCUACGAGGCCCUGUCCCCGUUCGACAGGGCCCGAGUAGUUUACCCUCCCCGCUACACGGACGGGGCAGCUCGGGGGGGUCGAUUCAUGGCAGCGAAGCCAGGCCGCACCAGUAUCCCUGGUGUGGAGAGCCUGCGACGGUGA